AUGUUUGAUACAGAUCAAACAAGUUUACCACAAUAUCGAAAUCCAGCUCCAAUUUAUAGUCGUUUUUUUAGUCGUAGAAAUAACAUUAUUAGACUAACACUUGCUGGCUUGUUGUUGGGUACGACAGUAUGGAUUACAUUAAUAAGGCCUUUAGUUGAAUCCGAGUCAAGCAUAAUUCUUGGUGAUUCAGGAAAUACUGAGAAAGAAAAUUCCGAGCCUACGCAACCAAUGUGGCAAACAGAUAUAAAAGAAACGAUUGAAGGGCGCUUUAGCUUAUUUAAAAACGAACAAUUUACAGAGGCUGCAUUAAAAAAAAAUGGGAUGAUCCCAGUGACAGCAGUAUUAUUAGGUUGGAAAAGAAUGGAGAGCCUGCAAACUGUAGUAAAUUUUAUUUCAAAAUAUCCAUUCAUAAAGGAAAUCCUUAUAUGGAAUAAUAACAAUAAAACGAGAAUUUAUGCCAAGGAUUUUAUUCUUAACAAUAGUGAAGUUACGUUGAAUGUAUUUAAUUCUGAAAAAAAUCUUCAUGAUCUUUCUAAAUAUACAACUUGUUCAAUGGCCAAAUAUGAUUAUUGUUAUUUUCAGGAUUAUAAUUGGUUAAAUUUAUAUAUGGAUAGUUUAUAUACAAAUUUCCUUAAUAAUCCAAGUUUAAUUCAUUCAAAUACGAUGCCAAUUAAUUAUUUAGAACACAGGAGGUGGAUGUUUGCAAAUUCAGAUAAAAAUCUUCAUACUGGAUUUACGCGGCUUGGAUGUGGUUCCUUUGCAUCACGUGCGAAAGUUCAAAGAUUUUUAGGUCAAUUAGGUUCGAUUUCUCUAAUGAAAGAUAGAUUAAAAUUUGCAGAUAUGUAUUUUUCUUUAUGGACUAAUCAAUACCCAUAUCAGCUAUCAAAUCCGUUAACAACUUUUGAUAAAAAGGAUGGUUGGAGAGUUGGUGUGAAUCAGUGGAAUGUUAAUCAAUGGAAUUUAUUCUACAAUAAUAUCCUAGAUGCAACUCAAAAGCUAUAUACAGCAUUGGCCGUAAAAUCUGGUUCUGAACUUUUCGCUCGUGAAGAAGAGCAACCUUAUUAUAAUGAAAGAGAUGCCAG